AUGGGUCACGUUCGCGCAAGAGCGAAUAAGUACAAUUUUGCUAUAGCCUUCUUUGUGGCAUUGGGCUCUUUCACUUAUGGGUUCAACUCGGCCAUCAUCGGUUCUGUCAUCGGCGAACCCUCGUUCUAUUCCUACUUUAAAUUCGAAGCUACAAGUGCCUACGGUGGUCGCAUCCUAGGUGCAAGCAAUGGCACCUAUGCUGGAGCGGGUGUCGUUGGGUGCUGGACAGUGUUUUGGCUUCUUGAUAAGCUCGGAAGGAAAAGAGCAGUCCAGAUAAUUGCUUUGGUCUGCAUCAUAUCUGCAGCAUUGCAAGCUGGCGCCGUGCACAUUGCCAUGUUCCUGGUCGGUCGGUGCCUAAAUGGACUUGGAGUUGGUUUCAUCAAUACUGCCAUUCCAACAUACAUCUCCGAGAUCUCCCCUCCUGCUCAGAGAGGAAGGAUAGUUGGCUCACAUGGCUUCAUCAUAUGCGUUUCCUACGGUGUUUCUGCGUGGUGCGGGUUCGGUAUCUACUAUGAGAACAAUCCGACAAUCCAAUGGAGACUUCUUCUGGCUUUGCAAAUUGUCGCGCCCCUACUCCUGCUGCUGGGUAGUCCUUUCAUCCCAGAGUCACCUCGGUGGCUCAUCAGUGCCGGUCGGAAUGAACAAGGUCUUAAGGUCCUUGAAAGGCUACAUGCCAACGCUAGUGAUCCACAACAUAUCGGCGCCCGUGAGGAGUAUGUGCAGAUCAAAAGACAGAUUGAGCUUGAGAGGUCUCAGCCUUCUCCCAGUAUCAUCCAAUUGGUCUUUAGUCGCAAGUAUGGCAGGCGCAUGCUUUACGGCUUCUACCUCCAGGCCAUGUGUCAAAGCACAGGCGUACUUGUCAUCUCCAAUUACAUGGUCCUGUUGUUGGGCAAACUGGGCGUGACUGGCUCAACGCCUUUGAUGUUGCUGGCCGUUUACAAUUCUUGGGCCGCAUUCCUCAAUUUUAUCAAUGCACUCCUCAUUGAUCGCAUCGGACGGAUUCGCAUCAUCACUAUCGGCAUAUCGGGUUGCAUAUGCUGCCUGAUUUUAGUCACAGCACUGAAUGCGAACUACACCAAUACCGGAAACACAAACAAAUCGGGACAAGCAGCAGCCAUUUUCUUCAUGUUCCUCUUCGUUACAUUCUACGGCUUUGGUAUCGACGUCUCCAGCUACGUUUACUGUACCGAGAUUUUCCCGACUCAUAUCCGUGCCAAAGGCGUUGGCUGGUCUGUCAGUGGACUAUUCUUGAUGACUACCAUCUACACAUCCGUUGCCGGAACUGCAUUCGACAGCAUUGGCUGGAAAUACUAUCUUGUAUUCAUCAUCGUGACCUCUCUCAUGCUCCCGUUUGUUGUGUGGAAGUUCCCAGAAACUAAAGGACUCAGCUUGGAGGAAGUCGGAGCUCUCUUCGGAGACGAAGUGGCCCUUGAUGUGACACAUCUCACAGAACAAGAGCAACAGGAACUGGACGCUGCGAUCAUCGGAGGUCAUGCACUCUCUGGUGCCGAGAAACAUGGAGUAGCGCCCGAUGUGAAGACCGGCAACGCUUGGGAGAGUCCUAGAGAUGGCAGUGAACAUCUCGAAGAAGUUGCGUAGG